GCCAGCUCGAGCGCCGCGCCCCACCGGCCCUGCCUCGCGCACCCCAGCGCCCGAGAGCCUGCACACUGUCCUGACUGGAGGGUUGCGCUCCAUUCACCGGUCAGAGCUCUCUGCUUGGGCCUUAGACUUCACUCUUGGCGAAAGUUCAAGUCUUCAGUGAGAAGAGUGGAAACAGACCAUGCAUCUAGAGAGCAAAGACGGCGGGCUGACCUCCGGCACACUGGAAAUGGAACUACAUCAGACGUCUGCUCCCACCUGUGCUGGCCUGGGAGGGCCAGGGCUGGUGAGACACGUCAUGAGCAACUGCAGGCCACAGCCGGGAGUCAGCAGGGCAGACCCCCCAAGCCCCUGCUCCAGCAGGGCAGCCAGGUGGAGCCACUGGGCUCCUGUGGAUCAGGAACUUGGCCCAUUCCUCACAGAGGGGAGUUUGAAGAGUUGGAGGGAAAUGGAAAGCAGACUGUCUCCUGCUCAAGACCAAGACCACCUUCACACCAGGGAGGAAGUGGGGCAAAGGUCUCACUCUCCAUUCAUCCAGUUCUUCAGCUCCGGGUCUAAAGACCUCUGCUUUACAGAAAAUACUCCUUUGCUGAGGAAUUCCUCACAAGAGAAAGGGUCACGGUGCAUGCCUGUUUACCAUCCAGAGUUUAUCAUUGCUGAAGAAUCAUGGGAAAACAGCUCAGCUGAGUGGGAGCCAAGAUCCCUGCUGAGCAGAGAGUCAACUGGUUCAUCUGGAUCCACCUCUCUGGAGAAGGGGGAGCUUCUGGACGGUGCUUUCAUCAGGUUCCGUCUUUCAAAACUGAGGCGCUGUGUACAGUGGCUGAAAGUCGCGGGCCUGUUUGCCUUCGUGGUGGUGUGCUCUAUUUUGUUUAGCCUGUAUCCAGAUCAAGGAAAGUUCUGGCAGUUGUUGGCUGUGUCACCGCUGGAAAGCUACUCUGUGAACCUCAGCAGCCAUGUGGAUUCCACGCUGCUCCAGGUGGACCUGGCAGGGGCCCUGGUGGCUGGCAGCUCAAGUCGUCCUGGGAGAGAAGAGCACAUCGUGGUGGAAGUGACUCAGGUGGACGCUCCAGGCUCCAGAUGGCGGCGGCCACAGCAGGUCACUCAUAAUUGGACAAUAUUUUUAAACCCAAGAAGAAAUGAGCGCUCGGUGGUGAGCAAGACCUUUGAGGUACUAAGCAGAGACACUGUUUCCAUCAGCAUUCGAGCCUCCCUCCAGCAGACCCCGGCUAUUCCUCUUCUGAUGGCUCAUCAGUACCUCCGGGCAAGCGUGGAGGCACAAGUGACCAUUGCCGCAGUCAUCCUUGCUGGUGUCUACGUGCUGAUUAUAUUUGAGAUCGUUCACAGAACACUGGCAGCCAUGUUGGGUUCCCUCGCGGCGUUAGCAGUGCUGGCUGUGAUUGGCGAUAGACCCAGUCUGACCCAUGUGGUGGAGUGGAUUGAUUUUGAGACCCUGGCCCUGCUGUUUGGCAUGAUGAUCUUGGUAGCCAUAUUUUCAGAAACUGGAUUUUUUGAUUAUUGCGCUGUAAAGGCAUACCAACUAUCCCGGGGAAGAGUGUGGGCCAUGAUCAUCAUGCUGUGUCUCAUUGCUGCCAUUCUUUCUGCUUUCCUGGACAAUGUCACCACGUCACUCCUCUUCACUCCUGUGACCAUAAGAUUAUGUGAGGUUCUCAACCUUGACCCAAGACAAGUCCUGAUUGCAGAAGUGAUCUUCACAAACAUUGGAGGAGCUGCCACUGCCAUCGGGGACCCACCAAAUGUCAUUAUUGUUUCCAACCAGGAGUUGAGGAAGAUGGGCUUGGACUUCGCAGGAUUCACAGCGCACAUGUUCGUUGGUAUUUGCUUCGUUCUCCUGUUCUCCUUUCCACUCCUCAGACUCCUUUACUGGAACAAAAAGCUUUAUAACAAGGAACCCAGUGAGAUUGUCGAACUGAAGCACGAGAUCCACGUCUGGCGCCUGACUGCACAGCGCAUCAGCCCAGCCAGCCGUGAGGAGACAGCGGUGCGUGACCUGCUCUUGGGGAAGGUGCUGGCACUGGAGCGCCUGCUGGCCUGCAGGCUGCGCACCUUCCACAGACAAAUCUCACAAGAAGAUAAAAAUUGGGAGACCAAUAUCCAGGAGCUACAAAAAAAGCACAGGAUAUCAAACAGGAUUCUGCUUGCCAAAUGCCUGAUGGUGUUGGGAUUUGUCAUCUUCAUGUUCUUUCUCAAUUCCUUUGUCCCUGGUGUUCAUCUGGAUCUGGGGUGGAUUGCUAUUCUGGGUGCCAUCUGGUUGCUAAUUCUGGCUGAUAUCCAUGAUUUUGAGAUAAUUCUACACCGAGUGGAAUGGGCAACUCUUCUAUUCUUUGCCGCACUCUUUGUUCUGAUGGAGGCAUUGGCACAUCUCCACUUAAUAGAAUAUGUUGGAGAACAGACUGCUUUGCUAAUAAAGAUGGUCCCAGAAGAUCGGCGCCUCGCAGCUGCCAUCAUCCUGGUGAUCUGGGUCUCUGCCAUUGCAUCAUCUUUGAUUGACAACAUCCCAUUCACUGCUACCAUGAUUCCCGUGCUCCUGAACCUCAGCCAAGACCCCGAGGUCAGCCUGCCUGCGCCACCACUCAUGUAUGCUCUGGCCCUCGGCGCCUGCCUGGGAGGUAAUGGAACAUUGAUUGGAGCCUCAGCAAAUGUCGUUUGUGCAGGAAUUGCAGAGCAGCAUGGAUAUGGAUUCUCUUUCAUGGAAUUUUUCAGGUUGGGCUUCCCCAUGAUGGUCGUCUCUUGCACGGUUGGGAUGUGUUACCUCCUUGUUGCUCAUGUCGUGUUGGGAUGGAAUUAAUACAUAUACAUCAUGAGAAGACUAAGGGAAAUUUGACCCAUCACCAACAUCAGUAGAAAACUCCCCUAACACCACUCUUGGAGAAGAAAAGGUGCUUACCAUGGGGUGCUCUGGAAGGAGAUUUUUGGCACCCUACUCUUAUUCAGGUGAAUGCUGGCUAGUCGUGGAAAAUACAAGAUAACUUACCCAAGACUAUUCUAUAGGAAAAUAUGUGUAUUUCAAAACACAUCUUACUAUGCUCUGUAAGAAAAGACACAAAUGCAAUAUUAUACCCCAAAUGGCUUGUGCUGUUUAACUGUCACUUUCCUGAGGCUAUCCACAAUUUUUCUUCAUGUAAUCACUUUUCAUGUUAAAAUAAUCAGAAUUUAAAUUGUGUAUUCUCCGAAUACAUUCUCUUCCUGGGAAAAGGCAGACAGUUUGUAAGGAAACAUUUUAUGUAUUAAAAAAAAUCUAUCACUUGA